GCAAAAAGAAGUUUCUCAGCCCUACAAAGCUACUAGCCUACUACCAUCUAAAACUUCAAAUCACGGAACAUGGCGCCACUUUCCGUCUAAAUAAUCAUACAUACAGUUACAUUUUAAAAUACAACGAAAUAAAUCCCAAAUCCGCCCGAUUUUUGAUUUCCUAAACCCUAGAAUUCUCUCAAGAUAGGGGAAUGGCGAAUCAUAAUAAGGCAGCGUGCCCUGAGAAUGAAGAAGUUGCCGCUUUUUUGUUGAAUAAGCGGCAAGAAAUGGCGCAGAGUGCCAAGGGAAUUUCUGAAAACAUGGACAUGACGCUUUCCAAGGCAUAUUCCAACAUCUGUCAUUGCAAAACCCCUAUCAGAAACCUUAGGGAUUUGUCCCAAAUUAAGGGCGUGGGUAAGUGGAUUCUGAAGCAAAUGCAAGGCUUUUUUGAGACAGGUUCUGAUGCUUCCGAUAAAGAUAGCUUGACGAGAAAUGGAGGGAAAAAUAAGGGACCUAGGCGCUAUGUGCCACAAAAAAACUCUGUUGCUUAUGCCCUACUUAUCACACUCUUCAGGGGGACACAGAAGGGGGAUGAGUUCAUGCGUAAAAAGGAACUUAUUGAUGCAGCUGAAGCAAGUGGAUUGUCUCGUGUGCCAAUUGCGCCGGAAAAGGCUAAAGGAAAAGCUGGAAACUUUGGAAGCUCACCAAGGGACUGGUACAGUGGAUGGAGCUGCAUGAAGACGCUAAUAACUAGAGGCCUUGUUGUGAAGUCUAGCUGCCCGGCCAAGUAUAUGUUGACUGAAGAAGGGAAGGAAGUAGCACGUGAAUGCCUCUUAAGAUCUGGAAUCAUUGAUCCAGAUGAGAGUUUGGAUGUGUUGGAAGAUUGUUCAAAUUUUGAACAAAGAGAAACCCUCCAAGUUGAUAUACAAGAAGAGAUACCAGAAUUAGAGUGUUUAGUUGGUGUUUCAGUUCAAAAAGCAGGACCUAUUAAUUCAAAGAUGACAAAGAUACCAGUUGACGUGCCACCUCAAUAUCUUGAUAAGUUCCUUCAAAUGGGGUUUUCCCGGGAGCAAAUUAACCAUGCUUUUAAUGAGGUUAAAGGAACAUCCCCAAAAAAGGAUACAUCGUCACUUUGGCUAACUUUACUUUGUCGACUUCGAGAAGAUGAGAUUUAUGCUCCAGCUUCCAUAACUAAAUCUGCAAGAGUUGUCAGUGGUGCUGCUCCUUCACCUUACCAACAUAAAGAUGGUCGAACAGGCAUUUAUUUCGAUGAAAUUAAGCAAUCUGGUGCAGUUGCUGUAUCAAGUAAUCAAAAGUUCGGGCUGGGUUCUUGUACAUUAAAAGCUUGCUCAUCUACUGAUUAUGAUACGAACAAGCUUGGCAGAGGAUCAAAAGCUAAGCAUAAUAUUUUAGCAGUGCCACCUCUGGCAAUUGGAGAGAAGUUUGGUGAUGUAUACGAAGUGAUACUGAUACUUGAUAACCGUGAGCAAUUUGCUACACAAGGGCCGCGCUCUGGGAAAAUUAUUGAGAACAUAUGUAAUGAAUUCAAAAUUAAGAUAGAUGUUAGAAGGUUACCUGUGGGGGAUGGCAUUUGGAUAGCUCGUCAUAAAGAUCUCGGUAGCGAAUAUGUUCUAGAUUUUAUUGUUGAAAGGAAGAAAGUUGAUGAUUUGCGACAUUCGAUUAGGGACAAUAGAUACAGAGAUCAGAAAAUGAGGCUAGUGAGAUGUGGGCUUAAAAAGAUGAUAUACCUGGUGGAAGGUGAUCCAAAUUCUUCAGAGGCUUCUGAAAGCAUCAAAACAGCUUGUUUCACGACUGAGAUCUUAGAGGGGUUUGAUGUGCAAAGAACAAGAGGCUUAGCAGAUACAUUGAGGAAGUAUGGUGUUCUUACCCAAUCAAUAAAUCAAUACUACAAAUCUCUGGAACCCGAGCAAAAGUGCAAUGGGGUUUGCCCUUCUUUUGAUGAAUUUAUCAAAAUGUGUGAAGAGCUGGACAAAAUGACGGUUGGUGAUGUGUUUGCCGUCCAACUCAUGCAGGUUCCACAAGUAACGGAGGAAAUUGCCCUUGCUGUUCUAGAUAUGUAUCCAACAUUGCUUUCUCUUGCUCGCGCUUAUUCUCUUCUGGAUGGUGAUGUUUGUGCACAAGAGGAAAUGCUUAAGAGGCAGAGUAACAACUUAAUCAGUGGGCCCGCAAGCAAAAAUAUUUUCCAACUUGUGUGGGAUGGUUGAAGCUGUUUUUGCGUAUUAGUGACAUCAAUCUACAACUAUCUUAAUCAUGCAAAAGACGAGGCAUUGCAUGCUGCUUUCAUCAUCUUAUCUGCACGGUAAGGAAAGAUGUAAAUAAGUUAUUCUGAUAGAACUGAGAUUGUAGGUUUCUUUAUUGGGUGGUGCACGGAAACUUUUCUCCUUACUGGGUUACAAGAAAGCUUUCUAACUUCCUUCACCUGCAACUUAUUUGUAUUGCUCUCAAUUUCUUGCAAGUAGUUCACUGUCAGUGUCUUUCAUUUCUUUUCUAGUCAACUUGAAUUGUUAUAUUAGCCUGUGUAUGUGAGUGUGGAGUAACUUGGAUAUGGUUUUGGACUUUUGGGCAUUAUGAUUUGGAACGCUAAUCUUGGUUCAGUUUGUCGGAAUAUGUUUAUGUUUUAAUUUUGAAGA